CUGACAUGGACAGGCGGUUCUACUGGAAUCGGAGCAGCUGUCACACGAAUCCUCGCAAAUCACGGCGCCAAGGUUGUUUUCGGCGACAUCAAUGUGGCGGCAGCAGAAUCACUCACUAAAGAGCUGGACUCUGUAACUUUCUUCAAGUGCGAUGUUGUCAACUACGAUGACUUGUACAGCCUCUUCAAAGCAGCACACGAUCAGUAUGGCCGGAUCGAUCAUGCAAUAUCCUGUGCCGGCAUCUUUGAGCAGGGAAAUUGGUUUGACCCGAAGCUGACCAUCGACUCCGUGAAAUCCGAUCCGGGCAAUUCCAGAGUUCUGGAUGUAAACGUUCUCGGGACGCUACAUUUCUCACGUAUCGCUGCAGUUUUUCUCAGAGAAAGGCUUCGGAAAGGCGAGAACAGGAGUUUGACACUCCUAUCGAGCGUGAACGCUUUUCGCGAAAGCCCAGGAUUGUUCAUCUACCAGACCUCAAAACAUGCCAUUCAUGGUCUUCUUCGCUCAUCGAGGAAGACUUUAUUCGAGAGAGAUGGGAUUCGAGUAAAUGCAGUCUGUCCGGGACUCACCGACACCGCGAUGACGACUGGCAUCAUUGCAGCUUUUCGAGACAAUGGUCUUUACUGGCAAAGUGCUGAAAGUGUCGCGAAAAUCAUCGUCGGUAUCAUGUCCGAAUCCAUGAACGGCAAGGCAUACUACAUCGAAGGCGGCGAUGGCUGGGAAUUCGAAGACAGCUUCUAUGCCAUGCAACCCCAGUGGCUUGGAGAAGAACCGACAAGACGUAUGCGAGUCAAUGCUGAAGCGGUGAAUAAGGUCAGAUUGCUCUCAAUUGUCGAUGACUACCUAUGCGUCGAUUUGUAUACUGACUCAGUCUUACAGGGUAUCUUGGCGCCAAAGGAGUGA